AUGGACCCUUUUCCCCUUAACUCUACCGGGUUUGUUAACCUGUUAGCUUCGCAGAGCAGUCCACCAAUAGACGUAGACUUUGCUGAGCCAGGUGUUAACUCUCCCGGGUUAGUUAAGCAUGCGGAAAGGAGAAAGUGGACUACCAAAGAAGGCCUUGUGUUGAUCAGUGCUUGGUUGAACACCAGCAAACAGAAGUUAGGCUCGUUUUGGAAGCGUAUAGAGGGGUAUUUCAAUACGAGUCCUCAGCUGAGUGGCUCUGCUCCUAGGGAGUGGGGUCAGUGUAAGCAGAGGUGGGGAAGAGUGAAUGAGCAGGUUUGUAAAUUUGUGGGGUGCCAUGAGGCGGCGUUGAAGGAGCAGGCGAGUGGCCACAGUGAGAAUGAUGUCAUGAAGGCGGCACAUGACAUCUUCUUCAAUGACUACAAAGUGAAGUUCCAGCUUGAACACUGCUGGAGAGAACUGAGGUUCGAUCAGAAAUGGAGAUCACACGCUAUCUCGAAGGAGAAGAGGCAGGAAGCUGAUGCGGAGGUGAUGCCUGAGGGGGAAGAGGUGAGGCCGCCCGGGGUUAAAGCCAACAAAGCAGCGAAGCGAAAGAAGCCGAACGAGGCAGCUUUUGAUCAAAUCCAUAGCAUCCUAGCUCAGAAAAAUACCAUUUCUAGACAAAAGAUACUUGAUCGCCUCCUAGCCAAGAAAGUGGAAACACUUUCUGAUCAAGAAAUUGCUCUUAAGACUAAACUCAUCUUAGAAAUGCUUUAG